CUCUCAUUGUAAAUCUAUUUCUCUCUCUUAUCUCAACCGAGGAUUCUUUUCUCACGUGGUGGUUAGAAGAUAAAAGAUUUGAAGUCCGUUCGAGGGAAUCUAAAGGAAUGGAGAUAGCCCGAAGUCCAAGAGCCUGGAAGUCAGUGGGAGCUAUCGUUUUAUUUUUCCUUUAGUGGCCACAAUCAUUACACGUUUAUUUACAGCGUAUUUUGAAUGCAUGUGAAUGAGAAGAACCUCCGAAUCGUUCUUGACUGUGAGAGGAAACUCUACAUCCUCGAAACAGAUCCUCCCAAGACCCCUGAGGCAAAUGCUCGUGCGUCCGAACUCACUUCCUUCAAGAAGUAUGAGGACGACGCGCGAGAUGUUAAGUGUAUCAUUAUGGAAAGCAUGACCGCAGAGCUCCAAAGGCUCCACACGGACAUGGAAGUGCGUCCAAUGAUACAACGCUUGAAAGACCUUUACCAGGGUCAACCCGAAAACUCAGAUAUUUACGUUAGCGAAGCCAAUAUGUCUAAUUUCACCUCUUGGGUGAUGGAUACCGGAUGUGGUUCUCACAUCUGUACUUCUAUGCAGAAUUUGCAUGAAGUUAGACAUUUGACUGAGGGAGAAGUCCAGCUUAAGGUCAGAAAUGGAGCACUUGUCAAUGCGCUGGCUGUAGGAACUUAUGUUCUAUCUCUCCCUAGUGGCUUGUUGUUGCAUUUAAACAAUUGCUUGUUUGUACCUGCCAUUAGCAGGAAUAUCAUUUCUGUGUCCUGUCUUGACAAAGCAGGAUUUUCUAUUAACGUUAAAGACAAGUGCCUUUCUGUUUUCAGAAAUGAUAUUUACUAUGCAACUGCUAAGAUGACCAAUGGUCUUUAUAUAUUAGACUUAGAAGCCACUGUUUAUAACGUAGAUGUUAAGAGAAGCAAACUAAACAGUUUGAAUCUCACAUACCUUUGGCAUUGUCGCUUGGGCCACAUUAACGAGAAACGCAUAUCUAAGUUACGUCACUCUGGCGUAUUUGAUUCAUUUGACCUCGAGUCUUAUGAUGUAUGCCAAUCUUGUUUACUUGGUAAAAUGACAAAGGCUCCAUUCACCGGUCACGGUGAAAGGGCGAGUGAUGUAUUAGGCCUCAUACACUCUGAUGUGUGUGGCCCAAUCAACACUGAAGCUAGAGGUGGUUUCUCAUACUUCGUAACAUUUACUGACGACCUCAGUCGACGCCUCAUGACGUCUGGUAAGCUGGAUUCCAAAUCAGAUAGGUCUAAAUUUAUGGGAUACCCUAAGGAAACGAAAGGGUAUGAGUUCUAUCAUCCGACCGAUAACAAAAUCUUUGUUGCUCGGAACGGAACCUUCCUUGAGAAGGAGUUUCUCUCUGCUAUUUCUAGUGGGAGAAAGGUAGACCUCGAAGAAAUUCGAGAACCACAAAAAGAGAUCUCAAUAGCAGUGGAACCCGAGCGUCAUGAUUUAGUGUCUCGACCGACUCAGGUUUUACCACGUAGGUCAGAUCGGAUGCGUAAUCCUCCGGUUAGAUACGGGUUCCUUAUAUCUGAUGAAGCGUUCUACGAUUACGAGAUUUGGCAGAUGGACGUCAAGAUGGCUUUCCUUAACGGGAACCUCAAAGAGGAUGUCUAGUAUUCCUAAUCCUAUAUGUCGAUGACAAGAAGGUCAGUGGGAGUGUGAUAGUAUUCCUAAUCCUAUAUGUCGAUGACAUAUUGUUAAUGGGUAACGAUGUUCCUGCUCUUACGUCUGUAAAGACUUGGUUGAGCGAGAACUUCGCCAUGAAGGACUUGGGGAAUGCUAGUUAUUCCCUUGGCAUAAGAAUCUACCGUGAGAGGUCAAGAAAGUUGAUAGGUCUAU